CAAUUAAUGAAUUUCCUCAAGAUGUAUUUACAAAUAAAGAACGGCAGCAAGGAGGGGUUCUACUUCAUAUCUUGGCUGCUCUCUACAUGUUCUAUGCUUUGGCUAUAGUAUGUGAUGACUUUUUUGUUCCAUCCUUAGAGAAAAUUUGUGAGAAACUACAUCUGAGUGAAGAUGUUGCUGGAGCCACGUUCAUGGCUGCAGGAAGCUCUACUCCAGAGUUGUUUGCAUCUGUUAUAGGUGUAUUUAUCACUCAUGGAGAUGUAGGAGUAGGAACCAUUGGGGUAAAAAUCAACAUUCUCUGCAUCAUUGGUGUCUGUGGAAUAUUUGCGGGACAGGUGGUUAAUCUCACCUGGUGGGCUGUGUUCAGGGACUCUAUGUACUACACAUUAUCUGUGAUCAUACUUAUAGUUUUCAUAUAUGAUGAGAAAAUAGUAUGGUGGGAAAGCCUUGUACUCAUCAUUAUGUAUUCAUUCUACAUACUCACCAUGAAGUACAAUGUGAGGAUACAAAAUUUCUUCACGAUCAACAGCAAGAAUGUUGGAAAUGGGGACACAGUCAACAAUGAACUGGAAGAUGGUAAUAAAUAUUAUGCCCCUAGUUGUGAUGACCCAUCCAUUCCAUUGCUAUGGAAAGUGAAGGGGGUGCAGCAGUACGGCAAAAACAGUGUGGUCAUGGUGGAUGAGAUCAUCUGCUCCAGUCCCCCCAAAUUCCGGUUCCCCGAAGCUGGGUUACGGAUAAUGAUUACAAAUAAGUUUGGACCACGCACCAGAAUGCGGAUGGCAAGCCGUCUCAUCAUUAAUGAGCGUCAACGACUAAUCCAAUCUGCAAAUGGCUCAAGCAAACAGCUUCAGAAUGGCAAGCAUGAGAAUAUUGAAAAUGGGAACAUCCCUGUGGUGAACCAAGUGGAAGAAAAUGAGCAUGACAAUCUGUCUCCAUUUUCACUGCCAGAUGGAAAAAUGAACAAAAUCAAAUGGAUUUUGACAUGGCCAUUGAUAUUCCUGCUCUUUUGCACCAUUCCAAACUGCAGCAAACCGCGCUGGGAGAAAUUUUUUAUGCUGACAUUUGUCUUAUCCACUCUCUGGAUUGCCUUGUUUUCCUACUUCAUGGUGUGGAUGGUGACUGUGAUUGGAUACACCCUUGGGAUACCAGAUGUGAUCAUGGGCAUUACUUUCCUAGCUGCAGGAACAAGCGUCCCCGACUGCAUGGCCAGCCUAAUAGUAGCAAGACAAGGCCUCGGUGACAUGGCAGUAUCCAACACAAUAGGGAGCAACGUCUUUGACAUUCUGGUGGGCCUUGGAGUUCCGUGGGGUUUGCAGACCAUGGUGGUUAACUAUGGAUCAUCCGUUAAGAUUAACAGUAAAGGACUGGUCUAUUCAGUUGCACUUUUACUAGGAUCAGUGGCACUUACUGUGAUUGGAAUCCAUGUAAAUAAGUGGAAGCUUGACAGGAAAUUGGGCAUCUAUGUAUUGUUUCUUUAUGCUGUUUUCCUGUGUUUCUCUAUAUUGAUAGAGUUUAAUGUCUUCACUUUUGUCAACUUCCCCAUGUGCCGAGAAGAACUUUAAACUACAGUAAGGAGAGAGACUGAGAUUCUGGUGAUUACAUGUGCUGUAAAUGACUGGAGACUUUCAACAUUUCUACCAUGUCUCCGUCAAUAGUUGAGCGUCAUACCUGCUUUGUCAGCUCACAAGCACUUUUACCUGUGUGGAAGGAAAACAUCUUUCAUUUAACAUGCUCAGUUGAGGCAACCAAAGCAUUUUUCUCCUCUUUGGAUACUGCUGCUCAGUCAUACAGUUGUGUGGAUCUCACGCAGAAUUCUCAAAUAUCCUAUUUCUGGGAUAUACUGUUGUGUUUUUCAUUCUCUUGCAGACAAUCAAAAAACACCACCAAGGUU